AUGGCGAGGGUUUUUUGCGUACGACAACGCGUGUGGUUGCGUGUUGUUCUGCUGACCAGUCUUUUGCUGGCCUGCGUUUUUAUAGAAAUCGUGUCUGUGGAUGAGGCGGACACACAUGCGGGGGCGGAGGGCCACGUGGAGGCGACGUUGCAGCGAUGGAUGGACACGUACCUUGACACGGCCUCCGCUCUCCUUUCAAACCUGACCCCACCCGCCGGCGACAGUGACAACGACACGAAGGAAAACCAGGUUUUUUGUGACGCCGUGGUGAAGCGGAUGUGGGAGGAUGUGAUUCCACUGCGCUACAAUAUUGCGUUUAAAAAGGUGCUUGUGUCCCAUCGUCGUCGACACACGGCUGUUUCCUUGGGAAACCCCGAGGCAAACCAAAAGUAUAUCGUUUGGUCGCUUAGUGGCGGAUUGGGGAACCGUGUUCAGGCGCUUGUCAGUGUCUUACUUGCGGCAUUGUUGUCAGGACGUGUGAUUUUAAUGAAGGACUGGUUCACUCCGCUGCAGCCAUCCGGGUCGCCACCCGUUCGACCCACGGUGCUCCCUUUUGUAACGUAUGGGAAUACCUCGCAGGAGGCCUUUCGUUAUGAAAAUUUGAGGGAAUUGUUUUGGUUUUCUAACGACGAACGCUCUUCUCGUGUGGAGAAUGAAUUUAUGUUUUGCAGUAUGUUCCCUGUCAUGUCUCUCAGCCAGUUUGAGAAGAUUUAUCCUGAAGAAUUUAGACGGCAGAACAACUCAACUGAAGUAGCUCUUUUUAAAGAUGGUCAUGCAAAAAUUGACAUUCGUGCGGGUCAUGACAAGAAGCUGAGGCUUUGGAAGCACCUUGCAUGUGGAGACACUUCCACAACUGGCGAGGUCGAUUUCUUUUCUCGUGAGAAAUUUAUCUACAUCUGGACCAACCAAUACUUUCUUCCGCUCUUUUAUGCAAACAAGCGCACGAAGCCUAUUAUGCAUGCGUGGUUUAGCAGAGAUCCAUUUCGGUCAUUAUUGCCGUUGGUAUUUCUUCCUGCGCGUCCCGCAAUGUAUCGCGUGGUGCGUUAUAUGCGAUUGAACGCCCUGUUAAAACGACGCCGGUACGUGGGACUUCAUAUUCGUUCAUUUAGUCGGCAUAAAACGGGUGGCCUAGUUAAAUCUUUUUUUGCUUGUGUCAAUCAAUUCGCUGCGCGAGCACCUUCGCCUCCGACAUUCUUUUUGGCUUCCAUGUAUCGCGAGGCGAAGAGUUAUUUUAGUGUAAACCCGCUCAAAAAGGGGGCUCGUGUGGUUUCCCUUGACUCUGACCAAAAAGGAGAGGGGCAGGGCACCGGGCAAGGCCCUGUUCCAGAGUGGGAGGCUCUAGCGGAUGUGGUGAUACUAUCAUUAUCCAGCCAUCUUUUUUUGUCCCCAGCGUCGACGUAUGGUUUUCUUGCCGCUGCGGCCGGAGAAGUUGAGUUUAUCACGUUUGUCAAGGCAAGGAGUCUUGAUGCCGGCAGGUCGGAAGACACGCGCUGUGUCAGAGUGGACGCAAAUGCCGUGACGGAGCCGUGCUUUACGUCGUGGUUUAGGCUCGACUUCAUCCGCAAACGCCGUCAACAGAUGAGGUGUGAGUUGGGUGAUUUGCCCUCCUGGGCACUUCAUUGUGGAACUAACAUGUGA